AUGGCAGCCUGCAGAAAUGAGUCAGCUGUCUCUGGGAUCGUUCUUAAUGUCUUCUGUGUUUCUCUUCCAUCUUACCUACAGUUUUUCCAGAGGACUCAGAUACAGACUGCUAGGCCCACCAUCCCGACAAACACGUCUUCCAAACAGCCUGUCUCACAGACUCCUCUAGCCGUCUACCCAACUAAUCAGCCAAUCAUGAAGCCCAUGGCACCCAUGCCUUUCCCUUCCCUGCGGGCUGCACAGCUUAAAAACCUUGGGGCCCGGCGACCACCACCCAGGAAGAUCAUCAUGGGCCUGUCUUUGCACGACGAUGUUCAGCUGAAGAAAUCAGAGAAUGCCUGGAAACCAGGCAUGAAGAGGGAAAGCCUCCCAGCGGAACCAGAGUCCAACAAAACACAGGACCUGUUCAAGAAGGUCCGCAGCAUCCUAAACAAGCUGACGCCGGAGAAGUUCAGCCAGCUGGUGAAGCAGGUCUGGGACCUGACCAUCGACACUGAGGAGCGGCUCAAAGGAGUCAUCGACCUGGUGUUUGAAAAGGCCAUCGACGAGCCCAGCUUCUCGGUGGCCUACGGGAAAAUGUGCCGCUGCCUCGCCACGCUCAAAGUGCCCAUCACUGACGCUCCCAACAACACAGUGAACUUUCAAAAGCUGCUGCUAAGCCGCUGCCAGAAGGAAUUUGAGAAAGACAAGGGGGAUGAUGUGGUGUUUGAGAGGAAGCAGAAGGAGCUGGACUCUGCUGCAUCGACGGAUCGUGACCGACUUCAGGUAGAGCUGCAGGAGGCCAAGGACAUUGCCCGGCGGCGAUCCAUCAGCAACAUAAAGUUCAUUGGUGAACUGUUCAAGCUAAAGAUGCUAACGGAGGCCAUCAUGCAUGACUGCGUGGUGAAGCUGCUGGGGAACCACGACGAAGAUUCCCUGGAGUGUCUCUGCAGACUGCUCACCACCAUCGGCAAGGACUUUGAUUUAGUGAAGGCCAAGCCUCGGAUGGAUCACUAUUUUAAGCAGAUGGAAAAAAUCAUCAGAGAGGGGAAGACGUCUUCACGGACAAGGUUCAUGUUGCAGGAUACCAUAGACCUGAGAUUGCACAAAUGGGUGUCAAGAAGAGCCAACCAGGGUCCAAAGACAAUUGAUCAGAUCCACGAGGAGGCAAAGCUUGAAGAGGAAGAGGAGCAGAGAAAAGUGCAGCAGCAACUGGAGCAGAGAGAGCAGAGAGAUCCGCAAGUACAGGGAGAGGAGACCUGGAACACUGUGCCCAUGAGGAAGAAUGGCAGGACCAUCGACCCCAACAAGAUCCCAAAGAUCUCCAAGAUGGACGAGAAGAUCCAGCUGGGCCCCCGGGCUCAAGUCACAUGGGUGAAGGGCAGCGGUGGAGGAGCCAAGGCCAGUGACUCAGCAGAACUUUCACACACAGCGGUCCUCAACCGCUUCUCGGUGCUGCAGUUCGACCCCUCACCUCAACCCUCCACCACUCCUCCACAGAACCCAGACUUCGACGCCGGGACAACUCACGGAAGUCGUAGCUGUACAGAAAAAAAGCGCAGCAACAAGCCACUGAUCUCUGCACCGAAUGUCACCGAGAUCGAAUCUGAGCCAGAGCGUAGCAGAGUCCGAGAGCCUGUGAAACCUGAGCCUGUCCAGACGAUAGAGGAACCUGCUCGGUCUGAGGAGGAGAUCAAGAGGAAGUGCAAGUCCAUCAUCGACGAGUUCCUGCACCUUAAAGAUUUCAAGGAGGCUGUCCAGUGUGUGGUGGAACUUGAUCUGGGCUCUCAGUCGCACAUCUUCAUACGCGUGGGGGUGGAGUCGACUCUGGAGCGCAGUCAGAUCACACGGGACCACUUGGGCCAGCUCCUCUUCCAGCUGGCGCAGAAGGGAAUCCUGCCCAAACCCCAGUUCUACAAAGGGUUUGCAGACACGCUGGAGCAAGCGGACGACAUGGCCAUCGACGUUCCCCACAUCUGGCUGUACCUGGCCGAGCUGCUCAGCCCUGUGCUGAAGGAGGGGGGCUUCUCUAUGAGAGAGCUCUUUAGUGAAUUAAGCAAACCUUUGCUUCCUGUGGGAAAAGCUGGGAUCUUGAUCUCUGAAAUACUGCUCAUACUAUGCAAACAAAUGGGCCAUCGUACUGUGGCUUCUCUGUGGGAAGAAUCAGGCCUCAACUGGACUCACCUUCUGCCGGAGGAAGAGGACGUCCAGGCUUUCAUCUCACAAAAGGUCAGUGAUGAAGAGGAUGCGCCAAACAUGCAGGCCAACCCACCUGAAGCGGCCAACUCAAGUGAGCUUCCCUCAGCCAAGGAACCAGCCUCUUCUCACUUGUCCUCAGUCGAGGAGCUGAAACCCUCUUUGGUGCCACCUCAGACUCUGAACACAGACAAGCCUCUCUUAGACGCCCCUAGAACUCUGGCUGCCUUGUCUGGAGAGGCCCCCACGGCUUUGAACAGCCUUGCAGAGUCAGAGACUGAGCUGGAGACAGCCGCCGUUGAGCCUUCUCUCAUGCCCCCCGCUUCACUACAGCCCCAAGCCUCUAGUCCUGCUUACAGAGAGGCCGCCUCUGAAACUUUGCCUGCUGACACCACUCCUCAACAGAACCCCAACUUCGACGCCGGGACAACUCUAGGAAGCCGUACAGGCAGGAAGCGCAGGAAGAACAGAAAGCGCAGCGCAAAGCCGCUGAGCUCUGCACCGUCUCAGCCUGAUCUGUACACCAGGGGAAGCAGCUCAAAGGAGCUGCUGGAGAGUCCAACCCCGGAGGAGCCGCCAAGAGACAAUGAUGCGCCAAAACAGCAGGCCAACCCACCUGAAGCGGCCAACUCAAGUGAGCGUCCCUCAGCCAAGAAACCAGCCUCUUCUCACUUGUCCUCAGUCGAGGAGCUGAAACCCUCUUUGGUGCUACCUCAGACUCUGAACACAGACAAGCCUCUCUUAGACGCCCAUGGAACUCCGGCUGCCUUGUCUGGAGCAGCCCCCACGGCUUUGAACAGCCUUGCAGAGUCAGAGACUGAGCUGGAGACAGCCGCCGUUGAGCCUUCUCUCAUGCCCCCCGCUUCACUACAGCCCCAAGCCUCUAGUCCUGCUUACAGUGAGGCCGCCUCUGAAACUUUGCCUGCUGACACCACUCCUCAACAGAACCCAGACAUCGAAGCCAGGACAACUCUGGGAAGCCGUACAGGCAGGAAGCGCAGGAAGAACAGAAAGCGCAGCGCAAAGCCGCUGAGCUCUGCAUCGUCUCAGCCGGAUCUCUUCACCGGGGGAAGCAGCUCAAAGGAGCUGCUGGAGAGUCCGACCCCGGAGGAGCCGCCAAGAGACAGCGAGCCAGAGGGAGCCGUGCCUAGGAGACCGAAUGUCUCUGAGGACGAAUCGGAGCCAGAGGGCAGCAGUGUCUCUAGUCCUGCUUACAGAGAGGCCGCCUCUGAAACUUUGCCUUCUGACACCACUCCUCAACAGGACCCCAACUUCGAAGCCAAAUGUGUGAAGGAGAACCUGGCUGAAUCUCACCUGAGCUCGUCUCCCUACCUGAGGGCGUUGAUGACGGCUGUCUGUAAGGCAGCAGUGAAAAAUAACACCAACUGUCGAGUGCACACGGCCCUCAUUCAAAAGAGAUUACCUGUAUUGCUCCAGUACCGGAACUCAGAGAGUGAGCGACAGCUGCAUGCUCUUCAGGAACUUCAGUCGCUGAUCGUCGCUCUCGAUCAUCCUCCAAACCUCCUCCAGAUAUUCUUCGAGUGUAUGUACGACGAGGACGCAUUCUGCAAGUCGGGGACGAGAAAAGACCCGGCCAAUCAGCUGGAUAAGGGCGUGGCCCUGAAGACCGUCACAGCCUUCUUCACCUGGCUUCGGGAGGCGGAGUCAGAAGACAAUUGACGAGAUUGGAUUCCAAACUCGUCAAUUUGGAAUUUUUCUUUUUCUUUUGCAACGUUCCGCACUUUUUAAUUUAUUAAUAAUAAAAGGAAGUUAAAAAUGCUCGUUCUCAUGAUUAGUUCUUUCCAUGGUUUGGUGCUUAAAGGGGAUACGA